AUCAAUUUCUUCAUCAAUUGAAAUUAAAUAUGACCACCAAAAAUAAAGUAUUUAAUUAAAGUAUUUAAUUAUAUUGAAAUUCCAAUUCUAAAUACAUUUAUUUUAAUUACUUCAGAAUUUUUUAGAAUUCAUAUAUUUCCUUAACAAUAAUUUUUACAAAAGAACAAAAAUAUUAAUAUUUACGAUUAUUACAGGAUUGUUUUUCACUAGAUCAAUUAAUUGGAUAUAAAAAUUCAUAUUUUAAUCUAAAUGAGAAUAUAUAUAGUUCAAUUUUUUUUAUCUGCACGAUAUUUAUCUGUAGAAUCAUGGUCUUAAUUGGAACAUUAAUCCGAAUC